GUCUUUGGCUGUUGGUGGUAAGAAUGGCUACAGGAUUUUCUCUCUUUCCUCUGUUGACAGAAUGGAUUGCAUUCAUCGAGGAGGUGAAAGCCCUGAUGUGUAUAUAGCGGAGCGGCUCUUCUCCAGCAGUCUGAUGGUGCUCGUGAGCAGAUCCACACCCUUCAGAAUGAACAUCUACCAUUUCAAGAAGAGCACAGAGAUCUGUAACUACAGCUACUCCAGCAACAUCCUCGCUGUCAAACUCAACCGCCAGAGGCUUAUAGUUUGUCUGGAGGAGGCCUUGUACAUCCAUAAUAUCAAGGACAUGAAGCUUCUCAAGUCUCUUCUCAACACGCCACCAAACCCCAAAGGUCUCUGUGCACUCUCUGUCAGUCUUUCCAGCUCAUAUCUGGCAUAUCCAGGGAGCUUCACAGCUGGAGAAGUUACUCUGUAUGAUGCUCUGAAUCUGAAUACGGUGACGGUGAUCUCGGCUCACGCCAGUCACGUGGCAGCCAUCGCAUUCAGUGCUUCAGGAACCAGUCUGGCCAGCGCUUCUGAAAGAGGCACUGUUAUAAGAGUUUUCAGCGUCCCUGAUGGAGUCAAACUGUUCGAGUUCCGCCGAGGGAUGAAGAGGUAUGUCAGCAUCAGUUCCCUGUCGUUCAGUGCAGACACACAGUUUCUCUGUGCCUCCAGCAACACAGAGACCGUCCACAUCUUCAGACUGGAGCACCACAGUCCCAGCCAGGAGUCUCCGUCGUGGUCUGCAUACAUGGGGAAGAUGUUUUCAGCGGCCAGCACCUACCUUCCCUCUCAGGUGUCAGAGAUGAUGCAUCAGGACAGAGCGUUUGCUACCGUCCGCCUCAGUGUGGCCGGCGUGAGGAACAUAGCGGCUCUUUCCAUGAUCCAGAAGGUUCUGUGUCUUCUGGUGGCCUCAUUAGAUGGUCAUCUCUACAUCUACAACAUAGAUCCUCAGGAAGGAGGAGACUGUCCUUUAGUGAAGAAGCACAGACUGUUUGACGGCGAUGAUGAAGCAGAACUGGAGGCCUGCGGCCCGUCUUACGCUGCAGCUGUAGCCACAUGCACGAAUCCAGACCCUGCGUCUUCUAGUGCCCUCGCAGGUUACUGUGAGGAUGUUGGUGUGAAGAGAGGAGAGCUGAUCCCAGAGCAUGAGUUUGCGGACGGACCUGUCUGUCUGGAUGAUGAACAGGAGUUUCCUCCCGUUAGCUUUCAGAACAGCUGAACGUCUCUUCAAACACCAUUCACUUCAGAUGAACAUGUAGAUUCAGGGAUCAGGGUCACCAGCUCAGGCAGCCUUUUACAAAUACAUCCACAUUAUGAAGCGUGUUUGAACUGGAGCAACUCAUAGAUGUGCGUUUAAUGCAUUUGCCAAAUCUAACUACGACUGUGAACUCAUAGUUUGCCACAGAUGUCUGAAUAUGUUGGCUAACAUGCUUGCUUUAUUAAUAUGAAGAACAACUAUUGUGAACAACAAGAUGACUGAACUGAUUUUUUUAACCCAGUGAGUGAAAACAAGCUCAGAUUUUAAAAUUCAUUGUUUGCCAUUUGUGUAAAUAAGCAGCUUAUAAGUACAGCAGACCUUUACAAUAAAAGCUGUAUCAAAACCUAAACCUCGAUACAUUUUAGUGUUGACCAGAUUAAAUCUAUCAGUUUUUAGGAUAUAAAUGUGCAUAGGAAAACUAGAAGUAUAUCACAUGCAUUAAUGUGUCCUUUACACUGUUGCUGAUUUGAAUAUGGGACCGAAAUCUAAUAAAAUAAAGCUGCCAAAAUGAAAACUAA